GCGGGCGAGGGGUUAAGUGCGGGACCGGCGGUGGUGCCGUCGGCCGGGUUCUCUCCCCCGAGCGCGGGGCUCCGUUUGAUGUUGGAGUACGCCAGGGACUCCCCCUCCCACCGCUACACACGCGCGCACACGCGCACACUCACACACGCACACGCACCACUCUUUGCAGACAGGGCUCCGGUGGCUCCAAAGUGACUGGCUUCCCUCUCCCCACAUCCAUCCUCUCGCACAUCGCAUCCAUCCUCUUUCCAUCUUCUCGCGCGCUCUCUCCAGCCUCCCCGCCCGGACAGGGGCAGCCCCCGGCAGAGGCGCGCCGCUCCCCUUUCCAUGCCUCCCUCUUAACGAGCGCCACGCGGGGGAGGGGAGGCCCGGAGGAGGAGAGACCGGGAGGGCGCCCGGGAGGCAGGGUGCGCGCACACACCGAGGGACGCAGCGAGCGCAGAGCCGCCUCGGCCGCCGGGCGCCCCCCUGCCGCCCCAUGCUGUGCUCCAUGGCGAACUCGGGCUGCCUCCUGCUGUCCAACUCCGGCAGCAUGCUCCCGCACUCCGUGCCCUGCCCGCCCGCUUUCCUCUACCUCCAACAGGGCAAUCAGGACGCCACGGCUCCGCCUGAAGCGAUGGCCCAGCCCUACCCCCCUGCCCAGUACCCUCCUCCACCUCAGAAUGGAAUCCCAGCUGAAUAUGCCCCACCUCCGCCACACCCUACACAGGACUACUCCGGCCAGACCCCAGUCCCCCCAGAGCACGGCAUGACCCUCUACACACCAGCACAGACGCACCCUGAGCAGCCAGGCACGGAGCCCAGCACACAGCCCAUCGCUGGGACCCAGACAGUGCCGCAAGCAGAUGAGGCAGCACAGACGGACAGCCAGCAGCUCCACCCUUCUGACCCCACGGAGAAGCAGCAGCCCAAACGACUACAUGUCUCCAACAUCCCCUUCCGGUUCAGGGACCCCGACCUGCGGCAAAUGUUCGGGCAAUUCGGGAAAAUUUUAGACGUGGAGAUCAUUUUUAACGAGCGGGGCUCCAAGGGUUUUGGGUUUGUAACUUUUGAAACUAGCUCAGAUGCUGACCGAGCCCGGGAGAAGCUGAAUGGGACGAUCGUAGAGGGACGGAAAAUUGAGGUUAAUAAUGCCACAGCCCGGGUCAUGACCAAUAAGAAGCCUGGGAACCCAUAUGCCAAUGGCUGGAAGCUAAACCCUGUAGUAGGGGCAGUCUAUGGGCCUGAAUUCUAUGCAGUGACCAGUUUCCCCUACCCCACCACGGGCACCGCUGUCGCCUACCGGGGUGCGCACCUGCGGGGCCGGGGCCGUGCUGUGUAUAAUACAUUUCGAGCUGCACCACCUCCGCCCCCCAUUCCGACUUACGGAGCGGCACUGGAGCAAACGCUUGUUAAAAUGCCAGUCCCGUGGGCGGGGCUGGCACCGUGCCCCCUCCCUCCUCAGCAGACACCGGAGCCGGCCUACCCCACCUCUCCAGCGUUCCCACCACUCUCUUGUCCGUUUGCUUCCAGGGUCGUGUAUCAGGAUGGAUUUUAUGGUGCUGAGAUUUAUGGAGGCUAUGCAGCUUACAGAUACGCUCAGCCCGCAGCAGCCGCCGCAGCCGCAGCCUACAGCGACAGUUAUGGCAGAGUCUAUGCAGCCACUGAUCCCUACCAUCACACCAUCGGCCCCACAGCAACCUACAGCAUCGGAACCAUGUGAAACCUUCCACCGUCUCCUUCUCGGACCAUGAAGGGCAAAAACAAAAAAACAAAAAAAAUCACAAAACAAAAAACAAAACAAAAAAAGAUGUUAAGAUCCAAGCAACAACAACAACAACAAAAAAUUCCAACCAAACCAAGAGGCAUUCAACCGAGUCCAAGUCCACGUCUGGCGUACGCCCGCACCGAGGGAGCUCGUCCCCCAGGGGGCGCCGGAGAGUGGCCUUGCCUGGCUGGCGGUGCAGUAGGGAUACGGCCAGGCGCAGGGGAAGACCUGGAGGGAAGAUGUGGCCCGUGGGUGUGGGGCGGGGGGGCUCGGGUAUCUGUCCAGUCUUCCCUUCCCACCCUGCUCCCCAGGCAGGGGUUCCUAGGGUGGAGCAGGCCCCUGAGAAGGAGCGGCCAGCUGACUUGGGCUAUUGCCUGCUGAGCCCUGGAGGGGCUGGGGGCAGUUAGGGGCCGAUGGCGUGUCACUCAUCCCAGGUCUCCAGCCUGGCCUCAUUGAAUGUGCUGCCAGUGCCUCAGCUGUCCAACCAGCCGCCCUGGGGUCCAACUCCCAAUGCAAAGGGCUGACAUGGCUCCAGAGCUCUGGGGCACCCCAUGCUCCGCUCCCCUAUGUGAAAAAGCUUCCAGCUACAGAGAACAAAGGAAGCCCAGCCAGCGGGGACCCAGUCCUCAUGCUGUGAGCGUGGACAGGUGGGCCCUGGAGCACAGGAUUUGUGUGUAGUGGCAGUCUUCCUGAAGAAGGCCAACCUCAGCUGUCUGCUAGGACCCAGCCCUCCUUCCCACUCCCUUCUGUAGGCUCAGUUCUGCUGGGGAGCAGGGGAUGACAGAUGGGCCAGCCCUGGGCUGCACCUCGAGGUUGGGAGUCAAGGUGCUAUGGGUCUGGAGGGCCACAGUCAGAGCAGGACCCAUGGGGAAGGCAAGGAGUGGGGGAAGGUCCGGGCUGGCCCCGCCAUGGGAAGGCCAGCGGCGCUGCAGCCCCUUGGCUCCCUGGGCAGGUGUAGUGGGAGUCACAGGGAAGCAGCAGACCCAGUGGAAGGUACAGGGGACAGGUAGCAAGAAGCCCCUGGCAAGGCAGGGAUAGGUGGAGUAGGAUUAACAGCAAAAAAUUAACAGAAACCAUGGCUCCCGACGCGCCACCACUGUCUCAUGACACCUCAAAAUAAAUCACCUCACUUUCUAUCCAGCAUCAGCCACCGAAGCUAUGGAACGGAACCCUCCUUUUCUAUUCCUGUUGUACAUAGCCCCGCGCCUGCCUCCGGCUCUGUCCUCUGUACAGAGCCCCUCGCCUUCUGCUGUUUCGGACCCUUUUCCCACAGCAGCUCGGAACCCCUCCUCCCAGCCCCUCCCCCAGGACUGCAGCCGAGCCCCAGGCUUCCUUUCUUACCAUUCUGUAUGCUUCCACGGUGUGACCAUUCAAAUUAACAGUAUUAUUAUUAAGAUUAAUAAAGAUUUCUUUCUUCAAACCAG